CAUGAAUCCUCCCGAGCUGGCCGGUGACGUCACCUGUCCCGCCUCAGCGACCGCUCCUAUUGGGUGCAGACGCGGAAGUGAGGGGAACACUUGCUAACAACAACACUGACUUCCACUGAUGUACUUUUGCCUCUCGGAGGGGUUUUAACUCACUCAUGGCUUUACCGACUCAGCUCAAAGCCAUCCAGCACCACCUGCGGACCGCACAGGAACAUGAGAAACGGGACCCGGUCGUGGCUUACUACUGUCGGCUCUACGCGAUGCAGACGGGCAUGAAGCUGGACAGUAAAACACCAGAGUGCCGAAAGUUCCUCAUCAAGCUCAUGGACCAGCUGGAGACGAUGAAGAAGGAGCUGAGUGACAAUGACUCCAUCAGCCAGGAGGUGGUCGGCAACGCCCACAUCGAAAACUACGCCUUAAAAAUGUUCCUGUAUGCCGACAACGAGGACAGAGCGGGUCAAUUCCACAAGAACAUGAUCAAGUCUUUCUACACGGCCAGUCUGCUGCUGGAUGUCUUAUCUGUGUUUGGGGAAAUGUCAGAGGAGAACAUCCAGCACAGGAAGUACGCCCGCUGGAAGGCCACCUACAUCCACAACUGCCUGAAGAGCGGAGAGACGCCUCAGGCCGGGCCCAUCGCUAUGGAGCAGGACGAGGAAGCAGAUGAGUUUGGAGCCGCAGGUUUCUCGGGCGCUGGCAUCUCCCACGGAGCUUCCUUCAGGGGUGAUCCUUCUUCACAGUCCUUUGAAGACCAGGACCAGGGUUUGGGUCCAGGUCCUGCCCCGGGAAUUGGCUUCACUCCCAGUCCGGGUCCAGGUCCAUCGGGUCCUCCAACCACAAACUACAACAACAUCCACAUCCCACCAGGGGCCCACGCACCGGCCAACACUCCAGCUGAGCUGCCACCACCGACAGCAGAAGCUGCUAAACCAGUGCCUAUGCCCCGAUCAGUGCCCACUGUUGACCCCACACUGCUCAACGCCCAGCAGCAGGGUAAGAACACACACAUCGUUAACUGUAUGAAAUGUGCAUCACAAACAGAUAAUGAACACGGGGCACUACAGACGCUUCUCCUGUACUGGGAGUCUCUUUCCUGUCUCUCCUUCCAGCUGUUCUCUUUUCUUUUUAAUCCCCUCAAAACCGGUCAGACAUCCAGCUCAGGCAGUAACACACUACACCAGUCCUCUGAUCUCUGCAGUGGAUUCCAGUGUAGUGUUGAAUUGAUUUAAAAAAAAAAAAAAAGAAUACUGCUGCUGCUUGUCUCUGCGCUCCUGUGGGACCUGUCUGUUCCUAUAGUGAAAACCAAAAUAUAUGAAGCUAUGCAGAGCUGGAACGAACUCAUGAGACUGAAUCCGAACUUUGACUGCCUUUAAAUCCACUUUAUACGCCUUUAUUUUCCCCUGCUGAACGUCAUUUAGCCUUAUAUAACUAUCAUAUUUUAUCAACGCAUAGGUGAAAUAC